GCUUCCCUAUCAUCCAUAUGUGGUGCGAUUUUUUUCCAUUGGGAGGAGGCUGCUCGUGGAAGGUUAGGACACGUGGAGAGGCGGUUCUAGAGAAUGCCACGGACAUCGGAUCUAACAUGACACCUCAAGCUUUUACGGGGGACACUUGUCCGGCCCAUUCUGACCGGCUAUUCCCCCGCCUCUCUGAUCUGAUCUGAUCUGAUCUCCCCUUGACGAUUGACUGAAUAGUUACUUAAUAAAACCACAUUUAUUCCUUUCUUUUUUAUCCAUCUGGGCGGUGUUUGCCUGAUUCUGCUUCAGUUCGAGAGUGUAGUGUGCAGUGAAGAAACCAAAAAGGCGUUUUCCGAUCAUCAUCAUCAUCAUCAUCAUCAGAAGGAGAAGGUGAAAAUGAACGGCGUCAGCAAGCUGGAGAGGGAGGGCCGGUCGCUGCUGAACGAGCUGCCGGGGUUCGACAAGGGAGGCUUCCUCGACCUCGGCCACCCUCUCCUCAACCGCAUCGCCGAUAGCUUCCUCAAGGCUGCUGGGAUCGGGGCGAUUCAGGCCGUGUCGCGGGAGGCUUACUUUAUUGCCAUUGAAGGCCUCGAUUCUACCGAUGGUGGCAUGACAGAGGGCACCAAGAAGGCGCGGCGCUUACCGAACCUCAGAGGGGAAACCAACAGAAACUCUCUGGAGGCUUUGGUGAAGAGCACUGGCAAAGAAUCUCUUCAAUGGGGACUAGCUGCGGGAAUUUAUUCUGGUCUCACUUACAGCUUGAAGGAGGCUCGAGGAGCUCAUGACUGGAAAAACAGUGCAGUGGCCGGGGCAAUUACGGGCGCGGCACUCGGCCUCACGGCGGAUGGAUCAUCACACGAGCAGAUCGUGCAGUGCGCUAUCACCGGCGCUGCUAUCUCCACUGCUGCAAAUCUCCUUUCCGGGAUUUUUUAGAUAUCGGUUCUAUAGCAGUGAAUCGGGACUUUAAUAGGAUAGUAUCCUUCCCUUUUCAAAUGACUCUUGUGUCUUCUUUUCGUCUUGGAUAUUGAAAUGUUGGUACUGUGCCUGUUUGUUUUCCAUCACUUCAAUAUGUUUACCACUAAGUGAUGGUUUUCUUCAGUGGUGCACCCGAUGUAUAUCGGGUCGAUGUUAUGUUGUACGUCUGAGCUGUAGCUCUGCAUGUAAACGCCCCUCGAGUAUCGGGUUCUAUUAAGCGAUCCGUCAUCUCUGA